AUGGCUGUGGAAGGUGGACUGAAUGAUGAAAAAAUACGUCUCAUAGUAAAUCAGGAAUCAAGUGACGAGGAAGACCUAAUUUUUCGUGUUUCAGUUACAGAAGAUUCUGAUGAUGAACCUGAUGGUGUUUUAGAAGAUUUUCGUGAUAUGAAUGUGAUUAGUCAAACAAAUAAUGAAGAGGAUGCCUUUAGUAGCGAUGAUGAUAUGACUUUGCAAGAGCUAUCUCAGGAUUUAAGAAGACAAGGAAAACUAAAGGUAUUGAAUGUUCCAAGAGUUCUUUACGGGACAGGAAAAAAAAUAGACACAAGUGGAGUGGAAAAAAGCCAAUAA